AUGAAAGGCAUCCUCAUUGCUGCUGUUCUGGUGGCAUUUGCCACCACGGCUGUAGACUCCCUGAGGUGUGAGCAGUGUCACAAAACCAAUAGCACCUGUGUUGCCAAUGUCACUGAGUGCCCAGCAGGCUCCUUAAGCUGUGUCGUGUCCUCCAUCAACACCACUCUAGGUGGCAUCUUCAAUUUGUACCAGAACAAGUUCUGCUCGGCCGAUAAUUGCAGCGAGAGCAACACUGAAGUGGCCUUCAAUGUGCAUAUGUUUGAUGACCAAAGAUUCCAUUUUGCAAGUCAGUGCUGCCAAGGAAAGGAAUGUAACAACACCAGCCACGCCUCUGGGACACAGACGCCUACCAAUACCCUGUGCGCUUCUUGCUACAGCUACAACAGCACUGCUUGCGUGGAGAGAAGCCAGCAGUGUUACCAAGGAGAACAGUGUGUCCAUGUCACUGCUGAGAAUGCAAAUGGCACUUUGGAGCUGAAGGGUUGUUCCGACAUCAGCAGCUCUACUUGUCAGUUCCUGUCCACUGAGAACACAACAGUUGGAGAAUUCAUUUUCAGGAAGGUUGUAUGCUCGCCCGCCAUUAUCCUCAGCACCCUACCAGCCAGCACGAGCACCCCAACAACCAGCAUGGGCACCAAAGCUUCCUUCACCUUCUCCGUCUUCGGCAGCCUCCUGCUUCUGAAGCUGUUGUUCUGA